UCUAGUCAACAAGAGAGGGGGGUUUGUUUUGGCUCAUAGUUUUUUAUUCGAAUCUCUAAAUACUACAGGGUUCAAAGUGUUUUUUAACUAUGUAUGCUAAAAACUUAAUCUGUUUCCGUUUUAAUCGUGUCCCCCGAGGGAAAAACGUAUUGAUACGGCAGCCUUAAAGCGACGUUAAACAUGCCUCGAGGGUCCGUUUAACCUCCAGCUACAGCCAAAAUGUCAAAGGUACAGAAACAUUGAUUUUGUGAGAGACUGCUUUCAGCAGAGUUCUUCGGACAUGAUCGACUUCAACGUGGGCGUCAUCCUCGCCGCAGCAGGAAGAGGCACCAGGCUAGCAUGUCCCGUGCCCAAGCAGUACAUCUCCAUCUGGGACAAGCCGCUGUUUCUCUACUCGUUGGAGGAGUUCCUGGCUUCCAGAUACAUAAAGAGGAUUGCCUUGGUAGUCGACGACGUCUCCAGAGUCAAUGACCUCCUCCUCAAGCAUGACCUGAACGAUACAGAUAGGGUGUCAGUUGUCCAAGGGAGUGACAGGUCAAGACAUGCAUCCAUCAAACUGGGGCUCCAGCAUAUAGAAAAGAAACAUCAGGAUGAGGAGUUAAAAGUAAUUGUCGUUCAUGAUGCGGUUCGACCUUUUGUCCCGCAAGAACUGCUGAUGUUACUAGUCAAAGCAGCAGCAGCCGUCGGUUCUGCAGGUCCGACCAAACCGCUCGUAUCAACUGUGCUGAAAAAGAACGCGGAAUCAUUUCUGGAGGCGAGCCUAAACAGAAACUUGUAUGUAGCAAGUGAAACACCUCAGGCUUUUCAAUUUGAGAUUCUCUCCUCGGCAUAUAGCAAGAUCACUGAUGAAGAACUAGAAAAUGGUACUGAAUGCCUUCAGCUUGUACUGUCCCAUUGUGGGAUAAAACCAAAGCUAAUUCCCACAACCGAGGAUUUAACAAAGGUGACUUAUCAACAGGAUGUCAACAUCGUUGAAGCAGCUUUGAGGUCAAAGACAACAGACGUUUGUAUAAUAUCUGAAGAUAUGAGCGAAGAGUUAACCACAUUGUCACAAGGUCUGGUUCACCGUGUUGGUACAAUGCGUACAAUGAUCGGAAAGCUUGCUAAAAACAGGGACAUGUUCAACGGAAAGGUUUACAACACGAUAAUUCUCCUGCACAUGCACGAAAUUGAACAGGACCUCCACCUGUUGGAUUUUGCCAACCUGAUCGACAUGGAGAGACAAGGGCUCAUUAUACACAUAAUACACCACGCUUCGAUCGACGGCCUUCAGAACAUGUCGGUGUACAACUUGAAUCGCAAUUCGAGAAAAAUGGCUCACAAUUAUGAAAAAUUUCAUAAGGGUGUAGUUGUCAUACACUGCGUUUCUUCUAACGAUAUCCAGUUGCUUACGAAUGUGGUAAUUUCUCUAGUCCAAGCAGACCCCCAAACAUUUUCUGGCCAAAAUCUCUUUCUCUAAGCAAAUUGCCUGAUAAGUUUUUUAAUCGUUCUAAACAUUAGCAUGUGCUACGGUUUUAUAGCCGUUACUUAGAACACUUUAUUUUAAUAGGAUUUUGAAUAGGAUAGUAAAUUGUUUCCCUUCAUUGAUGUUCUAAAUACAACUUACAGAUCCUAUAGAUUUAGAGAAAUGAAGCAGCUGAAUGAUGGGUAAUAUAACACAUCUCUUUUUUUAUCUGUAAACGAUUUAUAUAUCUGACUACUCAAAUUAUCUAGUGAAAAUCCAAGUCUAUCCAUCUAAAAACAUUUAGUAUUGUUUUGUGAAGAAAUUAAAUAAAAAUAUAUUUGUUGGUUUUUAAAAAUAAUAAAAGAAUUCCCAGUAAGGUCAAACAUUAAAGCCUAUGUAAAGGUCGAUUUCUUAAAAAGUAGGUAAUGUGUGCUAUACUGAGACAUCUUUAACCUGUCUUCCUUGGGGACUGCAGUUGCUACAUGGUUAUUGUAUCAGCCCGUCAGUUCACAGCAAAUAAAACCUAACAGACAUCACACUCUUAGUCUGCAAGAACAAGUCGGGUCUGGGAUGGUGGUUGAUGGAUGCAGAUGCUGCUUCCAAGGCAGCAGGAGAUAAUUGGAAAAAUUCUCCCUGGUCAGUCAUCUCUGAAUUGAAUCACUCCAUAUUUCUUCCCAUUCUUCCAAGCUGCAUUAAUUUAACAUUCUCUUAACCAAGGAUAGAGGAACCCUUGAGUACAUAAUAGGCAAAUACUCAUUUUGAGAAGCAGCCUUAGCCACGUGGUUGGCAAACUCACUUCCUAUUGUCCCUUGUGCACCCUGACCAAUGAUGAGAUGGUGCGAGACGUGUCAUGGUAAUUACUAUCAGUAGAAAUUAUUAUUCAGCUCAUCCCACUCAUGAAAGCCAGUUCAGCAUGGUUGUCACCCAUGGUAUUUCUGUGCAAAAAUCUGCACGUUUCCCUUCAGGAGACAAAUGUACAUGCUACAUGUUCUCUACUUUUGCUGAUGUCAGUACAAAUUUGCAGAUGAAAACUCUUGGGGUACGGUACAUAAUCUUUCUAAGAAGUUUCUCUAUUUUUCUCCAUUUUUAGUGACCCGCAGUUGUAGGUUCAAUUCCCACCGUAGACCCUAGAAUUUUCAGCCCCCUCCUUUUCUCCAGAAUAACAAACUGUUAUCAAAAAUUAUGUCAUGGCUGUAUAGCUUAUAAUAAAUUUAUAUUCUUGUUUUCCAGUGAAAUAGCAUAAUUUUUGUUGCUGUUUGGUCUGUGUCUGUUUUGUUACAAAAUAACUCACAUUAACAGUAGUUUUGCAGCUUAUCUAUGUGCUUAAUUUUACUGACAAAUAUAAUAAUUCCUCAAAUAAAUAAAUGAAAAUGUGACUUUUUGUGUGAAUAUUUUUAAGAGAAAAGUUCUGUAAUGUUGAGUUCUGCACCUGACACUUCAUAAAUCUAAACUGAAUUUAAAACUUGUAUCUAUUUUUUCCAUAUAAAAAGAAAAAAGUGGAAUAAAACAAGCUAAGAAAAGGUAAAUGGAGGGAAUGAAGUUAUUUACUGUAAUUGUAGUCAUUUUUAAAAUAUCUCCAAACAAUUUUCCUUAUUUUUCCUUAUAAACUGUUCGCUUUGGCCAUUAUGUCCUGUUCUUUGUUUCUUGUUUGAUUGUUAUUUUUUAUUUUAAUGAUUAAAUUGCUCCACUUUCAAAUCAGUUUUAUAUUUGGUACACUCCAAUCUGAAAAUGAUCUCAUUUUUUAUAUUUUUAAAAUUAAUAACAGUUAUAAUUUAGAUGGUCUGAAUAUUUAUUCUAGCUCUUUUUCCUAUCAAAAAAGCUAUUUUUAUACAUAAAGUUAAGGCAUGUUAUUUUUAAAAAGCAUAGAUGGCCGUUUAUUUUUGUAGACUGGAUUUGUGAAUUUACAUUAUUUGAUAUAAGGGGUUAUAAUACUGUGUAAACAAAUUUUGAUUGUUUGAUUUAAAAUUAUAAUAUUUUUAUACAAUUAUUUGGUUGUACAAGAAAAAAUAAACUUUAAAAUUAUAUAAAUGUGUAGUUGGAUAGUAUAGUUUAAUUUGUCAAAUAUCUUUGGGGUGGUAAAUUUAAUUUUAAAAAAUAAUUACCAUGCUAUAUACCAAAAAACUCACAUAUGUAAAUUGUAUGUUAUGUAAACUUUAUGUGUUGUGUUAAAUCCUACUAUGGAUUCAUGUCAAAAGUAGCAAAAUUAUAAAUUUGCAAAUACAAAAGUAAGGCUAGUAUAAAAUGUAGGUGUUUUAUGUUAAUAAAUGUGAAUUUUUUUACUAUAUAAUUAAAU